CUCUUGUGUUAUCUCCCCCCAUUUUUUAUGCCCCCCUUUUUCUUCUCUUUCCUUCCUUUCUCAUUGCCGCUUAAAAUUAAAAAAUGGUCAAAGGCAAAUAAUGGUCAAAGGCAAUAAAUUUAUAAAAACAAAAAAAAUGACAAAAACAUUAUUCUGGAGGCCAAAAUUCCGCAAUUUUCUUACAAAUCCAUUCAAAAAAAUUUUCCCCUUUAGCUUCUUGUCUACACAUGAAUUCUGCCAAGUAACUUUCCAAGUGAUGCCGCGAUGUUCCCCGAUGUUUUUUAUUCCUCCAUUUCGCAGAUCCCCAAAGACGUUCGAUUUUUUGCGUGUUAGCUGCAGUUUUUGGGUCAACAAAGUUGUAGCGGUGAUUAACCGUGAAGUGCGAAAAACCAGCCUCAACAAGUUCGUCAUGUUUGUAUCCUUUCCAGCUGUCAGAAAUAAUCAACGUCCCAGGACUUAUGUGCUUCUCAAUCUCUGCCAUCAACGUCUUUGCUGA